UAUCUUGUGCAAGCCACACGACCUUCAUAUAUACGAAGGUGCAACAGCCACAGUGCUAGCAGCUAGCAAUGGCGUCUAGAGCAGCAGCGGCCGCCGUGGUCGUCCUGGCCUUGGUGUGUGCCGCGCAGCCGUCCCUCUCGGCGGCCACUGCCGCCGGGGGUCUGUCCCCUGACUUCCACGCGACGACGUGCCCGUCCCUGCAGCAAAUCGUGGCGUUCCACGUGGGGGAGGCCUUCAAGAACGACUCCGGCGUGGCGCCGGCCCUCAUCCGCAUCCUCUUCCACGACUGCUUCCCGCAGGGCUGCGACGCGUCGGUGCUCAUCGAGGGCCCCGGCACCGAGCAGGACGAGAUCCCCAACAAGACGCUCCGCAGAGUGGCGCUGGACCUCAUCGACCGCAUCCGUAUGCGCGUGCACAGCGCCUGUAGCCGCACGGUCUCGUGCGCCGACAUCACCGUGCUCGCCACCCGCGAGUCGCUCGUCCUGGCCGGCGGGCCCCGCUUCGACGUCGCCCUCGGCCGGCGCGACUCCUUCUUCCCGGCGUCCAAGGACCAGGUCGGCCUGCUGCCGGCGCCCUUCCACCCGGUGGACACCCUCAUCAAGUCCUUCGGCGACCGCGGCCUGAACGUGGCGGACCUGGUGUCCCUCUCCGGCGCGCACACCUUCGGGGUCGCCCACUGCGGGGCCUUCAGGGACCGGUUCAAGCCGGUGUUCGACACGAGCCCAGCCAUCGACCCCAAGUUCGCCACGGAGCUGCGGAACAAGUGCGCCAAGGACAUCCCCGAAGGCACCCUGAAGCAGAACCUCGACGUGCGCACGCCGAACAUCUUCGACAACAAGUACUACUUCGACCUGAUCGCGAGACAGGGCCUGUUCAAGUCGGACCAGGGCCUCUUCGACCACCCCACCACCAAGCGCAUGUCCAUUCGCUUCUCACUCAACCAGGACGCCUUCUUCGAGCAGUUCGCCAAGUCCAUGGCCAAGAUGGUCAACAUGGACCUGCUCACGGGCGACAAGGGCGAGAUCCGGGCCAGAUGCGCCGUCCGCGGCACUCCCCCACGCAUCGAGGCCGCCGCCGCCGGCAACGACGAGGGGAUCGCCGCCGACAUGUAAGAGUUGUUCCAUGUAAUUUAGAGUUCGUGAGUGAACUAUGUGACACACGCACGGUGGUCAAGUACGUAGAUGUGUUUGUGUGAGUGUGAUGUGCUAUCUAGUCAAUAAGAUGAGUGGUCAAUCCGUAUGCUUCCUAGCAUAGGAUCGAUCGAGGUAGGUUCUUUUUGGACACCGGUUUAAGAUCUUCAGCAACAUCGUAGUCUCUUUUAGAUUUCCAACA